AUGUGCUAUAACCUCAUUGCUGAUGAGAAUGCUCCUGAGGAAGAAAUCCUCUGUGUUCUUGAUGUUCCGCCUGGGAAAAUGGGACGUGUUAUUGGAAGAAGAGGGGCUUCCAUCUUGUCCAUAAAGGAGUCUUGCAAUGCUGAAGUCUUCAUUGGAGGCACCAGGGGUCCAGCUGACAAGGUGUUCAUUAUUGGACCAGUACAGCAGGUGAGGAAAGCAGAAGCAAUGUUAAGGGGGAGAAUGCUGGAUAUGUUUUAA